AUGGUUCAAGUUCUUUCGCGAUGGCGCCCCGUCUUUCACUGCAUAUCCAAUCAUAGCUGGCUAAACGACCCUUGCGCUCCUGGCUAUGAUCCUACUACAGACACAUAUCAUCUUGCAUUCCAGUGGAACCCUAAUGGUGCUCAGUGGGCAGAUAUGGCAUGGGGCAAGUCGACAUCCACAGAUGUAGUGUCCUGGAAAACCUCCACAAAGCCUUGCCUUGACCGCGACACGCCCUAUGACAAACUUGGAGUCUUCACGGGGUGCUUCCGGGCAACCGGCAUCAACGGAGCUGCCGACGGUACUUUGACAUACCUCUACACAGCAGUCAGCAAGCUUCCGAUCCACCACUCUCUGCCCUACAACUAUGGCAGCGAGACUCUUGCGAUAGCGACUUCAAAAGACGGCGGGAACACGUGGACGAAACUCGAAAGCAAUCCCAUCCUGCCGGGCCCACCAAGCGAAAUCAACGUCACCGGCUGGAGGGAUCCCUACGUCUGUACAUGGCCGUCCCUCAGCAAAGCACUUAACGGCUCCGAGGAAGCGCUCUACGGCAUCAUCUCUGGGGGCGUCGUCGGCAAAGGCCCCACCAGCUUCGUCUACUCGGUCGACCGCAGCGACCUGACUCAAUGGCGAUUUCUGGGCCCAGCAAUCGACGUGGGGCUGAACUUCUCUCCGUCGCGCUGGACCGGGGAUCAGGGCGUAAACUGGGAGGUGACGAACUUCAUGACGCUGGCCAACGAGUCGCGGAGCCGGACGCAGGAUUUUUUGAUUUUCGGCGCCGAAGACUGCAGGGCGCGAUAUGCGCAGGAGGGCAGCCUGCGCCCGAACCGGGGCCAGCUUUGGUUGGCGGCUGAUGUGCGUCCUCAGGACGGAAGCGCGCCGUCUGCGCCAUUUUUGGAGUACCGUUAUGGCGGCGUCUUCGAUCAUGGCCUUUGUUAUGCUGCUAAUGGCUUUUACGACCCCAAGACGGAGCAACAGAUUGUUUUUGGCUGGGUCACGGAGGAUGAUCUCCCUGUUGACUUGCAGAUAGAACAGAAUUGGAGCGGCUGUUUAAGUUUGCCGCGCGUUGUGAGCCUCAUGACAAUCGACAAUGUCGUGAGAGCGCGCGCUUCGGAACUGGAAAGCAUCACUUCUAUCAACGCGGAGAGCGGAUCUAAUGGCACAAAGACCGUAUCGACUAUGAGGAUAUCUCCCGACAAGCGUCUGGAAGCUUUGCGCGGUGCUGCAAAGAAGGAGGAGCUCUCACAAGUCUCGCUGGGACCGGUCAAGGAGGGACAGCUACAGCUACCUCUGCUAACGUCGAGAUGGGAACUUGAAGCCGAGUUCGCCGUGUCGAAUCACUGUCAGAACGUCGGGAUUGUCAUUCAUCACUCCAAAGACCUCGACAUGCAGACGCGUCUCUACUGGUCUCCUUCGUCGGAAGACUUCAUCAUCGAACGCCCUAACCUGACCAUAUCCAAGCGAACAAUCCAGUUCCAGAAGGAGAGUGCGCCGCACACGCUCUUCACGGUGCGCUCGGCCGGCGGCGAAAUGGAAGAGAAGCUGCGCGUGCACGCAUUCUAUGACGGGAGCGUAUUGGAGGUGUACGUGAACGAGCGAACCGUUAUCACCACUCGGGUCUACACGCUCGAGGAGCGCUGCUUCGGGCUUGGCUUCUUUGCCGAGGAGGCAGAUGGUGCGCAGGGUGUGCCUGCGACUUUGACCAAGGCUACGGUUUGGGACGGGCUCGUUGCGGAGUAGAUAGAUGAUAGACGUACUUAAUAAAGCAGCAUAAUUUCUUCAGUCGCGGAUAAUUUGCACGUCUUUAGCUAUAGUCAACCCCGCAUAAUGCCUGAUCUGCAUGGGUAUGUGAAUCAACUUUACACCUUCAACCUCAGGCUUUCGUACCCUUACAAGUGCUUUCGUAUCUUCGCAUGUUAUGUAUUUCUGUAAAUAUAAACACCACUCCGUUCCUUCGCGCGUCAAGUGUAGCUGUCUGGACAAUGGAUCUGUCAGUAUGGCCGACCC